ACGAAACAAAAGCGAGAACGGAAGAAGACUGUGUCGUUUAGCAGUAUGCCAACUGAGAAGAAGAUCAGCAGUGCAAGUGACUGUAUAAACGCGAUGGUUGAAGGCUCUGAGCUCAAAAAGAUUCGAUCCAACUCUAGAGUCUAUCACCGAUACUUUCUUUUAGAUGCAGAUAUGCAGUCUCUACGGUGGGAACCUUCAAAAAAGGAUUCUGAAAAAGCAAAGAUUGAUAUUAAAUCAAUCAAAGAAGUAAGAACAGGAAAAAAUACAGAUAUUUUUCGCAGCAAUGGGAUAUAUGACCAGAUAUCAGAAGACUGUGCAUUUUCAAUUAUAUAUGGAGAAAACUAUGAGUCACUAGAUCUUGUUGCUAACUCAGCAGACAUUGCAAAUAUUUGGGUUACUGGCUUAAGGUACCUGAUUUCUUAUGGAAAGCAUACUCUAGAUAUGAUAGAAAGUACUCAAGAUAAUAUGCGGACUUCAUGGCUUUCACAAAUGUUCGGUGAAGCAGAUGUAGAUAAUUUGGGACAUAUACCCCUGUGUAAUGCUGUACAGUUUAUAAAAGACUUAAAUCCUGGUUUAAAAACUAACAAAAUUGAACUAAAAUUCAAGGAGUUACAUAGAUCCAAGGAAAAAACUGGUACUGAAGUAACAAAAGAAGAGUUUAUUGAAGUUUUUCAUGAGCUUUGUACUAGACCUGAAAUCUAUUUCCUGUUGGUUCAGUUUUCAAGCAAUAAAGAGUUCCUAGAUACCAAGGACCUCAUGAUGUUUUUGGAAGCAGAACAGGGGAUGGCACAUGUCACGGAAGAAAUAAGCCUUGAAAUUAUUCAGAAAUAUGAGCCAGCCAAAGAGGGCCAGGAAAAGGGUUGUCUUUCUAUAGAUGGGUUUACGAAUUACCUUACUUCACCAGACUGCCACAUAUUUGAUCCAGAACAUAAAAAAGUUUGUCAAGACAUGAAACAGCCUUUAUCUCAUUAUUUUAUAAAUUCAUCUCAUAAUACAUACUUGAUAGAGGAUCAGUUUCGAGGGCCUUCUGACAUCACAGGUUACAUUCGUGCUCUUAAAAUGGGUUGUCGAAGUGUUGAACUGGAUGUAUGGGAUGGUCCAGAUAACGAGCCUGUAAUUUACACAGGACAUACAAUGACAUCGCAGAUUGUCUUCCGUAGUGUGAUUGACAUUAUUAAUAAGUAUGCAUUUUUUGCCUCAGAAUACCCUCUUAUUUUGUGUCUAGAAAAUCAUUGUUCUAUUAAGCAGCAGAAAGUGAUGGUACAACACAUGAAGAAAAUUUUGGGGGACAAGCUACAUACACAGUCUCCAAACAUUGAAGAGUCUUACCUUCCAUCACCAGAAUCUCUUAAAGGGAAAAUACUAAUUAAAGCAAAGAAGCUUUCUUCUAAUUGUUCUGGACUAGAGGGAGAUGUUACAGAUGAAGAUGAAGGAGCAGAAAUGUCACAGAGAGUGGGGAAAGAGGGGGUAGAACAGCAAAACUCGAUGACGGGGAAACGGUUUCAGCUCUGCAAAGAACUCUCCGAGUUGGUAAGCAUAUGCAAGUCGGUUCAGUUCAAAGAGUUUCAAGUUUCAUUUCAGCUCCAGAAGUACUGGGAAGUGUGCUCGUUUAACGAAGUGCUUGCUAGCAAAUAUGCCAAUGAAAACCCAGGAGACUUUGUAAAUUAUAACAAACGUUUUCUUGCCAGAGUUUUUCCCAGUCCUAUGAGGAUUGACUCUAGUAAUAUGAAUCCCCAGGACUUUUGGAAAUGUGGUUGUCAGAUAGUAGCAAUGAACUUUCAGACGCCUGGCUUAAUGAUGGAUCUUAACAUUGGCUGGUUUCGACAAAAUGGAAACUGUGGCUAUGUCCUUCGUCCUGCUAUCAUGAGAGAAGAAGUAUCCUUCUUUAGCGCAAAUACGAAAGACACUGUGCCUGGAGUUUCACCUCAGCUGCUUCAUAUUAAAAUCAUUAGUGGGCAAAAUUUUCCUAAACCCAAAGGAUCGGGUGCCAAAGGUGAUGUUGUGGAUCCUUAUGUCUAUGUUGAAAUACAUGGAAUCCCUGCCGACUGUGCAGAGCAAAGGACGAAAACUAUGCAUCAGAAUGGGGAUAACCCAAUUUUUGAUGAAAGUUUUGAAUUUCAAAUAAAUUUACCAGAACUAGCUAUGGUGCGUUUUGUAGUACUGGAUGAUGAUUACAUUGGGGAUGAGUUUAUCGGGCAAUACACUAUUCCCUUUGAGUGUCUACAGACUGGUUAUCGACAUGUUCCUCUGCAAUCUUUAACUGGUGAAAUUUUAGCACAUGCUUCCUUGUUUGUGCAUGUGGCCAUUACUAAUCGAAGGGGUGGUGGGAAACCUCAUAAGCGGGGCCUCUCUGUGAGGAAGGGCAAGAAAUCAAGGGAAUAUGCUUCUAUGAGAACAUUAUGGAUUAAGACAAUAGAUGAAGUGUUCAAGAAUGCUCUCCAACCUAUUCGGGAUGCCACGGAUUUGAGAGAAAAUAUGCAGAAUGCAGUAGUUUCAUUCAAAGAAUUAUGUGGCCUCUCUCCUGUAGCAAAUCUUAUUCAGUGCAUUUUGGCAGUGUCUAUGCGCUUGGUUGGGCCUGAUAAUACACCCUUGGUAGUACUGAAUCUCAAUGAUCAGUAUCCGACUAUGGAGCUCCAAGGGAUUGUUCCAGAGGUCUUGAAAAAGAUUGUAACAGCGUAUGACAUGAUGAUUCAGACCAUCAGGAUUCUAGUUGAAAAUACAGAUAGCUUAUAUGAGAAGAUAGUGCAGUGUCAAAAAGCAG